UCUUCCUCUCCCUUUCCUACUCAUCUCUCAGGGUUCUGUCCUCCGCGAGCUUCCACUCCAUUAGACACGAUGAUUGAACCCGACCUAGCCGCCGCCACACAGCGUGCCUCUUUCGCCACAACCGCCCGUCUUUUCUCUUGUCUUAUAACGGAAGGACUUGUUCGAGCUCUAUAUAUACCUUUGGGAGCGCCAAAGGAGACCUCUGAUGCUACUGGGGCAUGUAUCGCAUUCAAUGGUACUACUUCAGAGUGCGAACUGUUGGCCGUGAUUCCACUUCGCCACAUCCCGGUCUUCAAGCAUGGCGUGGCUUCCGAUGCUAGGGGGCGAGAAAUUGGGCUAUUAGAUCCUAUGGACAUGAUGCCUCUUGUAUAUCAUGUACAUCGGCCAGAAGUGACGAAUGGUCAUGCUGUUCCUGAGAACUCGCAUGCGCACCUCACCGCUGCCCUUAUAACCAGCAUUUCAUCCCCUGCGUGGUUGUCUACUCUUGGCUAUACCCCCGUUCUCAUCGCGUCCACAGACCCAAUCCCCCUGUGGUAUCAGUUUGCCACAGGUAUCAGCCUCGAGCCACAGCUUACCGCAGAUAUCGCAGAGGAGCUGAAGAGCGCAGUGGCAUGGCAAACGUACUCGUAUUCGCACCCUCCCAAGGCACCUGGGCUUGACAACCCGAGCAUCGACUGGGAACAGUCUAUUGUCGAGGGACAUCCUACUCAUCCCAUGCACAAAACUCGACACUUUCUUCCUCCCAUCCCACCUAUUACACCAGGCUCUUACGAUCUUUACAACCCAUCUAUCCGCCUCGUCAUCCUUCCGAAAACUAGCCUCAAGAUCACAGGUCCAUUCUCGGAUCUGACGAAGGCGAUUCGGGAGGAGGCAGAGAAACGAGCAGGUGGUCCAAUCGUCUCGCAUGAUGAUGAGGUCGUGAUACCGGUGCAUGAAUUGCAAGUGUGGCAUAUUCGGGAGAAAUUUCCGGAGGCAAGGAUACUGGAGAAAGAGUUCAGUGUUCCUGCCAGGGCACAACAAAGCAUUCGCUCGGUUAUCUUGCCCGGAACUCUCAAAGAGACGUCUCUCAAGCUCGGCGUGGGCAUCAAGCUCACAUCCGCCGUCCGCACUAUAUCGCCAGCCUCCGCGUUCCUAGGCCCUCGCUUCUCUUCGGCUGUCGUCCCUCACCUCACGUUCGACCGUAGUAUCCUCACUGUGGCCAAAGAGUUGGCAAGCGUGGUGCAUGUGAACGAUGACGGUGAGGUGGCGAAGCACUGCGCUGCGAUCGUAAGAGAGUGUUGGGAGAAUCUCAGCGAGGAUACGGGCACUAAUGAAGGGAAGUCGGUGGGUAGGGAGAGACAUAUUGUGUGCACGAGUUUGGUUGAAAGUGGACACGCGGAUGUCGAGAACGGGGUCCCGACUAUCGUGCGAGUAUUCGGGUUGGACACCGAGGAGAGGAGGCUACGGUGGCUGGACGACUUCGUUCAGCUGUUUUAUGCCGCGUUCCUUCCACCGAUGCUUCACAACGGUGUCGCAUUCGAGGCCCAUCCUCAAAAUACGGUCUUGCGUGUAUCUCUCGACGGACCCGAACCUAAACUCCUUGGCUUCAUUAUCCGCGACUUCGGUGGUCUCAGAAUCCACCCACCCACGCUGCUCUCGUCCACGCAUCUCAAAAUAGACACUCCCAUAGAUGAGAUCAUCACACCCGGACAUUCAAUCCUUGCCGAUACGUUAGACGAUGUUUACACGAGGAUGUAUCACACCGUCGUGCAUAAUCAUUUUCAGCAGCUGGUGAGGGUGCUUGGUCUGCAUUACAAUGGCAAGGGGUGGGAAAUAGUGCGGGAACGACUGAGAGAAGCGUUGAGUGCGGAGAAAUAUAAUGGUAAGGCAGAGGGGCUCCGGGAGGCCUGGUUUGGCGGCGAAGGGAAGGAGAGGUGGGCGGUGCCGGGGAAGUGUUUCAUGAGGAUGAGAAUGGUGGGCAUGUAUAGGCAUCAUCUACACGAACCCUUUCCCAACUUGCUAUAUUACAAAGGGUCGGAGCAGGAACAGUCUUGAUGGACAGCCUUUUGUGUAAUCACUUAUUCGUAUCUGAAUUCGCG